GGCCCCUCCGCCCCCCCCGGCCCCCCCUGCCCGCCCCUCCCCGCCGCCAUGCUGCGCCCCAAGGCUCUGACGCAGGUGCUGAGCCAGGCGAACACCGGGGGGGUGCAGAGCACGCUGCUCCUGAACAACGAGGGGUCCCUGCUCGCCUACUCGGGCUACGGGGACACCGACGCCAGGGUCACCGCGGCCAUCGCCAGCAACAUCUGGGUGGCCUAUGACAAAAAUGGGCACCAGGCCUUCAACGAGGACAACCUCAAAUUCAUCCUGAUGGACUGCAUGGAGGGACGCGUGGCCAUCACCCGGGUGGCAAACCUCCUGCUCUGCAUGUAUGCCAAGGAAACGGUGGGAUUUGGGAUGCUGAAGGCCAAGGCUCAGGCUCUGGUCCAGUACCUGGAGGAGCCUCUCACUCAGGUGGCCGCAUCCUGAAGGGUCCUGAGGUGCCAGCACCCUGCUAAAAAAAAUUCCUUCAUCACCAUCACCAGUGGGGAGUGGGGGGUGAUUCCCCCCCCCCCCCGGACAUCCCAGGGCUGGAAGCAAAAUAAAGAGCAAGGAGGGAAUAAAAGGG